CUGGGCACUGAAAUUUUCGUAUGCUCCUCUCUGGCCAACCUCUACGAAGGCACCGGCAAGGAGGGCGAUUGGCGUCUCGUCUUCACCGGCAUACCAGUCGUGCUGCAUGAUCGCGGCAGUGCUCGCGCACGCUCUAUACCACGCGUCACAAUUGUGCUGGCCGAACGUGGCUCCUCCUUUGCACUCUGGUCGGAUCGCAUCGAUAAUCUGUCAAAUUAUCGGGUCGCCGGUCCAUCCUUUCACACGAUGUGCCUGUCACAAAACCACCAACAGCUAAUCGGAUUUAGUUUCGAUUCAACCGAUUCGGCAAGAGAGCUGCACCAUCACAUAGAGAAACUGGUGAGUAAUCCGGAGAAUAUAGCGCUCUCGUUGCCGGGCAAGAAGAAGCAGAAACAGAAGCGCGUGAAGCCAGCUCCGUUGCCGCCCAAAUCGCAAAUUUCGCAGCCAUGUCAAUUCCAGCACGUGACGAGUGUUACGAAGGACGACACCGAUCGGUACUAUAGCAUGCAAGCGUUUGCGCCGUCGGUGAAGCAUCGCUAAAGGCGGUGGGAGAGGGAAGUAUGAUGUAGUUGUAGGGGGGUGAAGGGUGCAAUGUAGUAGCCAUAAUUAUAUACGUCUAAAAUGUACGCGUAAGCUGUUUAGUAGAUUUUUUAAGCGAAAUGUAACGACGUCAAUUCGUCAACUUAGUCAUUAAGUUACAUUUAAAUAAUCGACAUUUUUUAUUACUAAAUAUGAGCCAGCUGGGCCUAAAUCGGCACGCGGUUUAGAGGAAGAAUAUUGCCGGAAAAAUCAACAUGACAAAAAUUAAAAGCAGGGGCCAAAAAACCCCCAUAUUGAGUCGUUAUUUUUGUUUAGAAUAAAUUUGAUUGUUAUUUUGUG